AUGACUUUUGAGAACUCAGAUGAAGGUGGUGAAAGCACUCAAGAACUCCAGAAUUUGAUCAAAGAGUUGGGUUAUCGCAAUGCAAUGGAUGUCGAAGAUGUUCUGACUCACCAAGAAGAAAAUGUAGUUGCACAGUUGUUGACUGAUGAAGAAAUUAUUGAAAGCGUUACUAGAAUUAAUAAAGAUGAUAUCGAUGAAGAAGAUGAUGAAAGUUCUACAAUGGAGCCCCCUUCGCGAAACGAAGCUAUUAAAGCGGCAAUCACAUUGAACAAUUUCUUGUUGAGCUAUGAGAAAACAACACCAGAAAUUUUUGAAUUCUAA